UUUUAACUGAAUUAAUGACCACCACACAAGAGUUCAUCACUCAGCUUGAUCAACUGACACAUGCCGACAGUUUAGACAAGGUCCUUGAAUGCAUUCAAAUACCUCUUGGCUGGCUUAAAGUCACAGAGUCACCACUAACGGCAUCACAACAAUUAGCUCUGGUUCAACACAAAGCGUGGAGAAGACACUUGUGGCAUCUUUUUCACACGAUCUUGCCUAAUUGGACUUUUUCGUUAAGCCCACAUAGAGAAAAGCUACUCUCGACCUUGUGGCUUCAAGAUCAACGGCCUGAGAUCGGCGCUGUGAUGGCCAAAACCAGCUUGACAGUUUUAUUAGAGUGCAUUGCCCAAGAAGUGCCCUUGGAUACCCUCGAAGCCUAUACAGCUGGUCUAAAGCAUGUCACACUGGGUGCAUAUAAGUUGUAUCCUUCCCAGAUAGAACACGGUCAAGUUGACCUGUUUUGCACUUUGCUCUGUUCUGUUCCUGGUCGACUUGUUAACGCGUUUGGUGGUCACCAGCAGAGCGAAGCCUGGUAUAGCGACAAGCAGUUUUAUCCAAAGUUGACCAAAUUGGCUGCACAGCAUGCAUCGCAAUCAGUUGAAUUCACGUCUCAGUUACUCUGUAAGAUGAUACGACAAGGGUAUGAAGAUAGUGUUAUUGCAUCCACCAUUCCGGUCGCCAUUCAGUCAUCAGACGCCUUCCCAGCCAUCUUUGAGCGCAUGUACAAUACGUUAUCCUCGUUUGAUACUGUUACCAAAUCAAUCCUGCACUAUGCGCUCACUCAUCAUAUCCGUGCUCAUCAAGUCGCAUGUAUUUUGUUCACAUCGCAAGAGCAGGCACGCAUCAAGGACUUUCUUAUAUGUGCCCUCGUUCGGCUAGCCAGAUGGAGUUUAGCAGAUCAAACACUGGCCAGACUAGCAACUGCCACGGCCAAACACGCUGGCUUGAAUGAUUGGACUGAAUGCACAAAGCAGGUGGUUCAUGCUUGGUCAGAUACAGUCUUUAUCAAGCAUGCAUCAUUACGAGAGAAAAGAUAUGUAUCUACAAGCGUUUUGGUUCUUUUGAGCUAUUUGGAGGAUGACGACAUCAGAUACCAUAUUAUGCCAGAUACCCGACUCAUUCGAAGCGUCACGUUCUACUUGGAUAGCGGGGAUAUAGAAACAGCCAAACUAGGAGCUCUUGUGGCAGAAGCAACGUCGAGUAGAAUAGAUAAAGAGAAUGCUUUGAAUAUGGGAUUAUUAGAUGAGGAUAAGGAGUUACAGGCGCUUAGACAGGUUGUAUUCAAGACGGAAGAGGAUGAUGAACAGAACAAACAAGUGGUACCUGUUGCUUCUUUUGAAGAAGAACAAGAAAAUACAGACCAGGAAGAAAAAGAAAUGGAAUUGGAUCCAGACGCCGCUUAUCACCCACAAGAUGACAGUGAUGAUGAAUUUCAGGCUUAUGCCAUGGAGGAUGAAUCGGAUGAUGAAGGACUUCGACGUGAUCAAGAGUCCAAAGAGAUGUCUAAAAAACCUGCGUUUGUACAAGAUUUGGUUCGGUAUCUUCGUCAUACAGAAGACCCGGUCAGUCUAAGGAAUGGGUUAAAUGAAGCAGAAGCGAUUAUCCGAAAAUCAAUAGGAGUUGGAACAGCUCUAAAGGAAUGCGGACAGGAACUAGCAAAAUAUCUUGUGUAUUUUCCAGAGACGUACGAGAUUGAGGACUUUAGACAGUUGCAACAAGAUGCGCUUCAAGCAUUAAUAGUGGGUGCACCAGAUGUGGUUACAGGGUACAUGAUUGAUCUAAUGUAUGAUCGAAAUACAAAUAUGGGGCAAGUACAAACCAUACUAGCCUCGAUUGCGUUGGCUGUAAGAGAGUUGGCAGGAUGGGUGCCUACAGAUAAAACAAAGGGGGCAGAAAAACAGAUAGAUGCCUUAGCAGAUCAACUGGGCGUGUCGUUAUUUGUUUCUAAAAGAAUAGAGCUUGAAAGGAAUCGACCCAAAGCACAAAAGAAUCGUCUAGCUGGGCUAGCAGGACCUGUCUUCUUUUUCCCUUUACUCGUCGGAUGGUGGGAAGGAUCCCAAGGCCGAUUGAAGUACUGGAUUGGAAAUAAUCCCAAUGUAGUUGAAAGGUUCAUCAUGACCUUAAAUAUCAUUAUGCACAGUUCAACAAAUACGCCCGAUAAACGUCGUAUUGUCAGAGAAUAUUUUGAAUUUGCGUUUUCUAUGCGAUAUUAUCAAGCUGCUCAGUGUCAGAAGGCAUUACUCUUAGGCAUUGAAACCAUUCUGAACGUGAGUUACAAGAGACAAGAAUCAUUGCUAUUUAAUGACUUUAUGAGUGAAUUGAUCAAUACAAAAGAAUGGCUUGAAGACAUCAUACAUUCGUCUGUAGAAGACAAAAUACAAAUGCUAGCAGCUAAAAUAUUAUUGCGAUUAGCAGAAAUAAACAAAGAGCAACUUUUAACCUAAAUGAACUAUUUAGGGCAAAUGUAAACAAUGAGGCUAGACAGCUGUAAACUAUUAUGACUAUUUUG